AUGGGUGAUGGGGAAAUUUGGACUUUUGAUCAAGAGGUAUCUCGGAAGGCUUUAGUUGAGAUGUUAAUCCUUGAUGAGCUUCCUUUUCGUUUUGUUGAAAAGGAAGGUUUUAAGAAGUUUAUGAAAAAAACCCAACCUUUAUUCCAAGUUCCCUCCCGUAGAACAUUGACUAGGGAUUGUUAUGUAGUUUUUGGUGAAGAGAGACAAAAAUUUAUAAAGUAUUUGAAAGAAACAUCACCGAGAGUUGUUACUAGUCAUAAGGGUGACGAAAUGGCCCGUUGUAUUAUUAAGUGUUUGCUUGAUUGGAAAUUGGAGAAAAUAAUCACUAUAACUGUAGAUAAUGCUUCUUCUAAUGAUGUCAUGGUGAAAGAGUUACACAAACAAAUGGUUAAUUGGGGAUCUAACAUGAAAUGUGGUAACCAUCUUCACGUGAGAUGUAUGGCUCACAUUUUGAAUCUUAUUGUGCAAGAUGUCAUGAAAGAAGUUGGUCCAUCUAUCAAACGUGUUAGGCAAAUGGUGAAAUAUGUUAGACAAUCUGCCGCAAGGAUUAGAAAAUUUGCAGAAUGUUGUGAACUAAAAAACAUAGACAGUAAGAAGUCAUUAUGUUUAGAUGUUUCGACCCGGUGGAAUUCGACCUACUUGAUGUUGGAUGCCGCACAACAUUUUGAGAGUGCAUUUGAUAGGUUUGAUCUUGAAGAUGGUGGAUUGUCAACUUAUCUUGCUACUCAUGUUUGUAAAGAUGGAAGUAUUGCAGGUUCACUUUAUGUCACUUCUAAUGGCCACUUUGAAGAUAUAGUUGAGCUUCACAAUCAUUUAAGAGAGUGUAUGGAAGAUGAUGAUCUUUUUUUGGCAAAAAUGGGAGAAAAAAUGAUAGAAAAGUUUGUCAAGUAUUGGGGUGCUCCUGAAAAAAUGAAUAAGGUGAUUUUUAUUGCCUCUAUCUUAGAUCCUCGUAACAAACUUGAGUAUGUUGGCGCCGCACUGGAGGAUAUGUUUGGAGAUGAAAAGGGGAGUGAAAUAAAAGAUGAAGUGGUGACUUACAUGAAAUCUAUGUUUGAAGAGUAUGUAGCAAAAUUCUCUAAUGCAUCUCGACGCACAUCUUCUCUCUCUGAUUCAUCUAGCUCUAACACUAGCACAAAAUAA